CUCAGAAAUCCGUUCGUGAACCAUUCCCCUUGUGGAACAUCCAACGCGAUAGCCGGUGUCUGCUGCGCCAGACGAAUCCGACUGAUCGAGGUUGAUCCGGCGGCCAAUUAGUGAAGGGAACGAGGCAAUUGCUCGUGGCAAUUGUUGCUCUUGUUUAUUGUACAAUAGUCUCACGAAAUGGAUGAACUAUGGGUGUUUCCCGUGGAGUACGGGUACGCUCACACGAAACGAGCUCUAUUCAAGACGUCCAUCUACAAACUACUUCCCCUUCGGCUAGCAUCGAAAUGUUGGGGAGUCAUCAACGAUGUGAAUUUACCUCGACCUCUCCGAAAACCUGUGAUUGGGGCCUUUGCUUGGUACACGGGCUGCGAUAUCAGUGAAGCCGCGGUCGACGAUCCUCAGGAGUAUCCGAAUCUUUCCGAGUUCUUCAGGAGGACACUCAAAGCAGGACUGAGACCCAUCCAUCCGGGAGAUUGUGUGGUGUCUCCUUCCGAUGGUAAAAUCCUCAACUACGGUGAGGUGAAGGAAGGUUUCGUGGAGCAAGUCAAAGGAAUUUCGUAUCCACUGCAGACUUUCCUCGGACCUCAUCCUUGGAGUGAUAGCGGAGUAGAUCAAUACACCGAUGAACAUGCCUAUCAUCAACAAAUGCUCAAAAACAAGGAUGGCUCCACAGCCCUCUACCACUGUGUGGUUUACCUCGCCCCCGGUGAUUACCACCGUUUCCACUCGCCCGCCGACUGGACUGUUUUACGGAGACGACACUUCCCGGGAAAGUUGCUCUCCGUAAAGCCGCGGGUCGCGUCCUGGGUGAAGGGACUAUUUAAUAUCAAUGAACGCGUCGUAUACUGUGGCGAAUGGCAGCACGGCUUCUUCUCGAUGACCGCUGUUGGUGCCACAAACGUAGGAAGUAUAAAAUGCAUUUUCGAUGAGACGUUGGCGACGAACAAACUUCUCUACAAGAAAAAUACCUGGUGCGAUCUCCUAUUCAACAAGGAGCCCGUGAAGCUUUCGAAAGGCGAUGAUUUCGGAGAGUUCAACAUGGGCUCCACGAUGGUGAUAAUCUUCGAAGCGCCCAAAGAUUUCCAAUUCAGUCUCAAAGAGAGUCAGAAAAUCAAGUAUGGCGAGCUGAUCGCUGGCAGAUCAGAUACGAAUGAGGCUGUGGAAUAA